GUUUGACGUGGCUGCUGUCAAAAACGUCAAAAAUGAGAAACUGACAUUUUCUAUUGUAAACAGAUUUUUUGUAAAAAGAGAAUUGACUGUGAUGAUUUUUAGCAUUAAGUAUUAAAAAAAAAAAUUCAGUUUUAAUAUAUAUUUCACAAUGGAUUUAGCAGUGACUGAAGAAAAUUGCCCGGAAAUAUUGGAAAGACUUCAAGAAGCAGAGGUAACAAUUAACAAGCAAUUGAAUCACAUUCUUUCGCGACACUAUCAUGUCGAGUCAAAAUUGCAAAAUAUAAGCAAAGUUUUGCCUAAUGUGGUUGUAAUUCGAGCAGAGAGUGAAAAAUUUCGCGAUAUGAUUAAUCACACUAAUGACUUGGCUGAAAAAGUUAGUGCUAAAGUUCGACAUUUGGAUUUAGCUCGGAGCAGAGUUUGCGAAUGUCAAAGUCGAGUUAAUGAUAUACUUGACUUGCAACUUUGUAGUCAGGGUGUGGCGACAGCUUUGAAAAAUGAAGAUUACGAACAAGGAGCAGCCCAUGUUCAUCGAUAUUUAUCAAUGGAUCAAAAAUUAUUGGAAAGAACGGCAGAAGAUGUUUCGGGAGAUCGUACAACAAUCACCAGUUCAUUGGCAACUUUACAACAAGCCGCUCUUGAAUUGAGAACAGUUGUCACACAUAAAUUCGACGAAGCUGUCAAAUCCGAGGAUUUGGCAUCUGUUGAGAGAUUUUUCAAAAUUUUCCCUUUACUUGGAAUGCAUUCCGAGGGGCUUAAAAAAUUUUGCCUUUAUCUUUGCUCAAAGCUUCAGGAAACUUCUCAAAAAAAUUUGAAAUCAGCUUUAGAUAUAAAAAAUUCUGACAAAAGAGCUCCGGUAAUAUUUGCCGAUACGAUAACAUUAUUAUUUGAGGGCAUUGCAAGAAUUGUGGAGAUUCAUCAACCGAUUAUUGAAACUUAUUAUGGACCUGGACGACUUUUUACUUCAAUUACAAUCUUGCAAAAAGAGUGCGACAGGCAAAUUAAGAAGAUUAUUGCGGAAUUUAUGAAACAUAGAAAUAUUUCUAAGAAGGUCCAAACGAUAAAUGAUUAUUUAAGAAAGCAGGGUGGAGAAAAAGCUGAUCCUAAAGAAUUGGAUUUACUCCUAGGCGAGAUAACAAUAAUGCACGCUCGAUCUGAACUCUAUAUUCGAUUUUUAAGAAGACGAAUUAGCAGUGAUUUAGAGAUUAGUACAACAGAUACAACUCAGCGAAAAGCAUCGAUUAAUGAUUUUGAAACAUUUGUAAACAAUUCGGAAUUAGCGAGAAGUAUGCAAGAAUUAUUGGGUGCUUAUUUAGCAUUGGAGAGAUAUUUUUUAGAAGAAAGCGUUAAUAAAGCAAUUGGAAUGGAUGUUCUCGAUCAAGAACAGCAGACAUCUAGUAUGGUUGAUGAUGUCUUUUUUAUAGUGAAGAAAUGUGUGAGGCGAGCAAUUUCGAGUUGGAGUAUUGAUGGAGUUUGUGCGGUAGUAAAUAUGGCUUGUGGAAAUUUAGAGGGAGAAUUUACAAGCAGAUUAAGAAAUCGUUUAAGACAAGGUUAUCCAGCAGGAUAUUUAGAUUUGGCUCAGGCAUAUAAUGCUCUUCAAACGAGCUUUCAACACGGACGACUACAAACAUCCGACACUGAACAAGGACGAUUAAUGUUCUUGGCAUAUUUAAAUAAUACAGACGUGAGCAUCGAGUAUGUGGAGACACUGGGCAAAAGUUUGAACAUGGAAAUAAAUCAGGCAUUUUCGAAUAUGCAAGAUAAGGAAAGAGGAAAAGUCGAUAGUUGUUUGGCAGGUCUUAAAAGUGUAACUCACAGUUUAAGAGCUGUCAUUGAUUAUGGAUUACAGCAAUUAAGAGCAAGUGCCGUGAAACCCCGUGUAACACCCUGGGUUGAUGUUUUUCUUUCCAUAAAUCAUCAUAUUAACGAAGACGAAUUACUUAGAUACGAAACCGAUGAACCUUUCGUUCAAACGCUCAUUCAACAUCUAGAAGGACUACUUCAUGGAUUUAAAGAUAUUCUAACAGCUUCUAAUUAUGAUGCUUUAAUUGGAAUUCUCACUGCUGAAGUCACGGCACGUUUAGAAAAAGUGGUACUCAAAUGCACUUUUAACAGAGCUGGUGGACUAAUUCUAGAUAAGGAAAUUAGAUCACUAGCAAGCUAUUUAGCAUCGGCAACUUCAUGGUCUGUUCGCGAUAAAUUUGCAAGAUUAAUGCAAAUAGCGACAAUUUUAAGUGUUGAAAAAGUUGAAGAAUUGGCCGAUUAUUGUGGAGCUGAUGCGAUCGCAUGGCGACUCACACCACAAGAAGUCAGAAAAAUCGCUGGUCUCAGGAUAGAUCUCAAAAGCGAGGAUAUUAAAAGACUUAAACUUUAAGAAGAAUAAGAAGAAGAAAAACGAAUACCAAUAUCUUUUAUCACUGUAAAAAAUUUUAACACAAAUAAAAAAAUAGAAUCUUAUAAAAA